AGCGUUAGAAGUAUCCAAUCAGCGCUGUCAAUGCGAGUCGUUGACUGUGGCGAUGUAUGUGUUGUGUGGUAGCUGCUACGAGCAAGGCUAGACAGGCAGUAUGGCGGAGGAGGGCAGUGUGUACGAGUUAGAGGGGCUGGAGGAGCAAUUACACACUUUAUCACAGCGUUACUCCGGCGAGGACCUGCGGGCCGACAGUAAAUCGUUCUGCGCUGACUUUUGCAAGCUUGUGGAGGAGUACGCCUCUCGCUGGCAGGUGCCACUGCCUCAGCUCAGGAUCCUUGAGAUAUCUUUAGUUUAUUUCACUCGAGCCUCCACCUUCUUCAAAUCAAACUGUGAUCAUGUGCUCCGCACACUCAGUAGUCUGGCAUUGAGUGUUUUUGAGUUGCUGCUGUUUUUUGAUCAGGAAGACUUCCAUCAGGAGACACUGAAACACUUCAUUGCUACAUUCCAGGAAUGUAAUUUAGCCGUAGAGAGGCAUCAGAAUGUUCACUUACUUCAGGUGGCACGUUUGCUUCAGGGUGGCGGGCCCUGGGUCAGCUUGGUCUUACAGGAGAUCCUCAGUGAGUCCAUUUUACCUCAGAAUGAAGUGGAUGGUUUCAUCAGCUCUGAGCUGCCUGUGUUCCUUGAGCUGCGGGUGCGCUACCUUUUAUCCUCUGCACGGGUCAGUGAGGCUAUGGCCCUGGCUAAGUGUUGUGCUCAACAUCCUACAACAGGACAACACAUAUUCUUCCUCCAGUUCUACCUCAUGUGGCUUCACAAGACUUCACAUCACGAUCGCCUACAUAAAGAGGUAGCUGAUAUUAAUGGUAAAAGUGCAGUUAACAUUAUCUGUAGUUUGGAAUAUGAAGAAGAGGAUGAUUUGUUACUAGCUCUCUGCAGAGCCUUCCUCUCUUGCCAGCUACGCAGGGGAGACAUGUAUUAUUUGUGUGAUCUUGUCUUCAUAUGGAGUAAACUACAUAGUAAAUUGAAGACAUCUAAGCAAUCACUACUCGAGGAGAGUCAUCAGCUCAUGCUGUCUGCCACAAAUGUUAAUUCAAUCUUUCCAUUCAUCAGGGCCAUACUGCAGGUGCUGGGUGAAGAUGGAAUUCAGUUCUGUGUAGAGCUCUGUGCUAGCACACUGGAGUCUUGCCCUUCUUGUGAUGUUGGUACCAAGUCCCUCGUCUACAAAACUAUUGCUGGCCUGCUGCCCAAUGACCUGGAGGUUUGUCGGGCUUGUGCUCUUCUUGUUUUUUUCCUGGAACGCACGUUUGAGGCCUACAAAGUAGUUUAUCUUCUCUACAUGCAUCCUGAUCAAGAGUAUCAUGCAGAGAACAGCCCCAUUGGAAAUCAUGUUCGCUUUGAAACAUUGCAGGUCUUAAAGAAGGAUCUGUAUUUUGACCCAGAGUUUUGGAAUCUCAUUGCUUUGCGGACAAAUUGCUUGAAGCUGAUGAAUGAAAAGGUUGUAAGUGCUGCACUUGAAGAAAUCAUGGAGGACAAGUGGAUUUCUAGCUAUUGCACCAAAGUGCCUGCGUCCCGAUCAAGCACAUUAUCAUGUCACAAAGGAAAUAAAGCAGCACUUCCACAAGCGGCAAACAAGCGGCACCAUAAAGAGGGUGCUGACACUGCAUCUAAAAAACUUAAAGUGAGCCCAGGCAGGAAAGAAAAGAGUAAGAAAGUCACACAAACUCUAAGGGACACUUCAUCCAAACCAAUGAGGCGAUCAUUUUGGCAGCUAGAGAGACUCCAGGACAAUGUCACUGUUGCAUAUGGAGAACACAGGCGCAUUACACGACUUUCAGAGAAAAAUCCACCAAAACGGCGGAUUAGAAAACCCAGGUGGCUUAUGGAGGACUCGGGUGCUCUUGACAAGAAUAAUGUUCUUCCGAAGAUCAAAAAGCAUGGUUUUAAACAUGAAAAACACCUUCGUUCUUCUAUUUUAAAGAGGGCUGAUCAGGUUAGGGCCAGUGUAAAGUACAAACCUUCAGUAAACUCUUGCUUAAAGGCAAAUGAAAACAAGCAACGGAGAGGAUAUCCUUUAGAAUGUCCAGAUACUCCACCACCUCAAGUAAUUCUUGAACUCUCGCUACCAGACAAUGAACUAAUGGGUACAUUUCCAGAGGACACCUGUAACAGGCAGCGAGGUUUACCUCAGGUGCUUCUUUACAAACCGACUGUGAAGCUUCCUUCCUCAUCACAACCUGUAAAGACUGGACAUGGCAAAGAGGUGGUUCUUCGAGCGCGAGAUGAAGCUAUGUUUGUACUGCAGAUGCACUGUUAUGCUCGGCAGCAAAAAGGGAAAGGUAAAGGGCUGAAUAUUCAGGGGUCAGUGUCAACAAUCACGCGCUCUUCUGUGCAGGGAAGCCCUCCUAAAGAAUCACCAAGAGAGCUCUGUGAAAAAUCUGAGAUGAAAGACAGCAUUGCCUCUCAGACACAAGUACCAGCUGGGGAUUUAGAAACAUCCUCUCAAACUACAAGAGCAGUUUCACGAAAGACAUCAACCAGAGAAUGCUCUGAAAAGUUUGUUGCUAAAAUGAAAUGUACCACUGCAUCAAAGACCACAGCAGCAAAUGAUGUUGCAGAAACCCCAUUAUUAGACAAAGUAUUGCAAGCUCAACCCAGGGCUCUAGUAGGAGAGCUUUGUGAAGAGCCUACUGUUGAGAUGAAAGUCACUAUUGCUUCACAAACUCCAACCCAGGCUAAAGGGACACAGUCUUCAGAUUUAGAAAAGGUCUCUGAAGGUCCAGGUGUUGGCCCCAUCUUAGAAGACACAGUUUCAUCAGAGGUUUCACGGUCCACAGCUGAAGAUGACAAUCAAGUGGAAGUUUCCAUUAUGGCCAACAUGCCAAACAUAGCAACUUCUGGCCCUGUGUCCUCGCAGUUCAUAGAUGUUUCUCAGAAAGAGGGGGAUCAGGACUUCAGCCUUGAAAGAAAUGUAGUCACUUCAACUAAAGCAUCAGAGACUCGGGCUGCUUCUGCUGUUAUAAACCAGGAUAGUAUAAAAGACCUAUCCUGUUUGACAUUAGUAACAGAGGUCGUUGCUGAACUUUCACCAGAGGACCUUGAGAUUGACAAACAGCAAGUGCCAGAGAACAGUUCCUCCAUGGAAUCAACAGCUGGAAAUAAACCAAAUGUAGCUCAACAAAUAUCCAGCAAGUCAAGCUGCUCCAUUCCACACGAUGACACCUCCACAGUUGCUGAUGAAGGAAAAAAAGGGAAAAGUACAAUGCAAGAUAUUGUUUCCAAAACAUCUGAAAAUAGUGACCCUGUGGAAAUGUUACCAGAAUCUGAAGAGUCCAAGUUGGAGUACUGUUGUACCUUCUGCAACAAGGUCUUUAAGGGAAGUCGUGUUAUAGCGCAUGCUAUGUUUCACUGUCGUAAAGAUGAGUGCAUGUUCUGUGGUGCAGAUUUCAAAAAUGACCUUCUGGCUAUGAUACACCUCUCUAAUCAUAUAGAGAAGCUAAAGAGGGUCAAAGAGACAGUUGGCAAACAAGGCCAUGAAAAUUCUCUUUCUUCGGUCUCUGAGACCAAAGAUUUCUCCACACCUAAAACCUCUGCCAAAACUAAGACCACACAUGUGUCUUCUAGUCGUAGCAGUGGGAGACUGAAGAAAACCGACCGUGCCAAAUCUGAGAGCCUUCCAGAUUCAAAGCCAUCUGAAUUUAGAAGGUUAAGGUCUAAUGCCAGUAAGGUGGAUGGUCAGCUUUUACAACAAAGGAAACAAAAUGUAUUAGAGCACCUGUAUGGUGAAACUCAUGUUCAUAAUGUAAAUGGGCAUAUUGGCAAAAAGCAAGAACUACAUAAAGUAAAAAAGAACUUGGAAGCCAAACAGCCACAUACACGACAAAAGACUCCUCAUAGAAAACACAUUGACAGUUUUAAGUUGCUGGAAAACCAUGAUAUUGAGAUGGAUUCCACUACGUCUCCAGCUCCAAUAGAGAAACAUUUUGGCUGUUCCAGGAAAAGUAUAACGAGAGAGAAAGAAUCUCGUCAGCUCCCGAAGAAAGCAUCAAAACAAGAUGGAAAAGAGCCACAAGAAAAGGUUUGCUGUUCUGUGGAUGGAUGUGCCUGGUUUACAGACCUGUCAAAGAGUCGUGUUGCACUUCUCUACCAUGCUCUUGAAGAUCAUUAUGGUGAGGCCAAACCUUUGGAACUGGCGUUCCAAGUAGGAAACGGCAAAUGUAGCAUUUGCAUGAGGGUUUUAUGGAGUUUUGAACAUUUUCUGCACCAUGUUGAAAGGCACAGACUCUCUCCGAGGCAUCCUUGUCCUCAUCAGGGCUGCACUGCCAGGUUCAAAACUGGAAUGGAAAUGAGACGUCAUGCUAGGAAGCACAGUCCACUGCAGGCAGUGUGUUGUCUCCCUGGUUGUUCUGAGCUGUUUAUUUGUCUCUGGGCACUAAACCUUCAUGAAAGAGAGCAUUAUGCUUCCAAAGAUACUAAAUCGGACAAGAACUCAAAUAUGCAAACAAGUGACAAGCAAAGUAACACACAGUCUGGGAAAAAGCAACAGGAUAAGUCAAAUGAUGCUACUGCUACCACUGCUGUAAAUGAAACUGAGAGUGUAAAGGCUGCUCCUUGGUUGCAAGCUACACAUAAUAUGUCAUCAGGAAAGCCUGAUAGGGCUGCUUCUCUUUCCCCUGCCGGGGCGUCUCGGCUGAAACAGAGGUUAAAGGACAAAAGUGAGACCAAGGAUUUAAACAUCUUAAAAAAUCUCUCUAACAAAGAUGCCUCAGCACAACCUACUGUUUCUUAUUUGAGAGCAAGGCAAACCUUAAGAAAAGAAGCAAAUACUAGCCUGAAAACUGCCAAAUCUCACAGAAUCUUCUCAUCAUCAUUUUUAAAACAAAGCCAGUUGAAGCAUAAAUUCAGAAGAAAGUUGGUUAAGAUAAACGCCAAAAGUUGUAAGAGAAGAGGUCAUCCACCAAAAUCGAAUACGGCUGUGCAUGAUGAAAACGAUACCAGUCCAGAGACUAUCCACAAAGAUCAGAUGAGCCCUCCACUUACAAGCAACCCUAAACCUGCAGAGAUCUCCACAAACCUGAGCGACGAGUCAGUAGAAAAAAAGAUUGGGCAGGUUGCAGAAGAUGAAGCACCAAUGGAUGAAUCAAAUCUGAAGAAGCCUGUGGACAAGCAGAUUGAGGAUGGUGUAAAACACAAAGACAAUACCACUACAGCAGUUGUGACAGCUACCAUUUUAAAUCAAAUGAAGAAACUACAUGAAGUGAAAAAACUGUCCAUUAGUCAAACAGUUUCUGCAGGUUCAAAUAAGUCAAAGAAACGCAAGGCUAUCAAUAUCAAAACCAACACAAAGAAGGUCAAGAAAAAUUGUUCUUCCAAAGAACCAGUGUCUGUCUUGCAAAACUCUGCAAAGUACAAAUCUACUGUUGAGGCACAAGCACCAGAAGCAGUAGAAAAAAUAUCUGAGGUGGGGGUAGAAGAACAGGUGGAAAACACAGAUUCAGCACAGGACAAAUCUGAAAAUCCUGCUCCUGUUGCUAUUCCUGACAGUGUAGAUGAGAAUAUGGCACCACCCACCUCCUCCAGCGAGAAUACCCACAGCUUGACAAUUGAGGUAAACUCCACUGGAUCUCACACCACUGGAAAAGAGGGAAAGAAAGCAAAAAAUAGACAAACUGCAUGUUCAGAAGGGGCGGAAAAAAAGUGCAAAAAGGGUAACAGAAGAAUGGUCAAUGAAAAAUGGCCACGUAAGGUCAUGGGUAAGACAUCUGCUGCAAAAAAGAUGAAGACAAAACCUGAAGUCCAAGAGCAGGUUGAGGCCAAAACAAUAUUAGUCAACACCGUUUAUGGAAAUGUAGAGACCUCUGAUCUAACGAUUAAAAAAAGUGUAAAUGGAAAGACUAAAUCUACUUCCACUGCUGACCAGAGACAGAGGAACAAGUCGAAGAAGGGUACCGUUAAGACAGUGUCUGACUCAAAGAAAGCAAAUCAGACGCGCAAGAAAAUGAAUCGAGAAAGUGUGAAGAAAGCAGGCCCAGACCAGCUGCUCUCUGAAGGGAAAGGAGUGGUGGAGGCCCCAGAGAAGGGAACACUGCAGCCUACAUUUGGCAGCCCUGGUAGCUCUUCAGCAAUGAACGGACUAACUGCAAAUGAGGAUGUCAAAAAACCUUCAGGGCCUUUAGACAUUCUUGCCAAGUACAGUAAGAGGCCAUACAUGCGUCUCCCACCUACUGCAUACCUUGAUGAGAAGUACAUUACCAUGCCAAAAAGAAGGAAGGAGAUAUCGUUUUUCCCAUGGUCCCAGAUAGAUUCCACCCCAGAGCAGACGAGUGCUACCACAACUCUGCAGAGACAGCGAUGUGCCAAUUGUUUUGCUACCUUCAACAGUGCUGAGGAGCUGCAGAGUCAUCUCCAACUUCAGAACUGCUCAACCCUCUUUGGGUUUGACUCUGAUGAUGAGGGCAAUGGUUAAAUCACUGAAGGGAUGCAUAACAGACUGAGCCUGCAUUAGCUGUGAAUGGAUCUUACCUCACAUGGCUGUUCAUUCUGGAGGACUCGCUCACUAUUUGGGGCUAAGACCUGUGUACUCGGGAGUUAAUAGGUGGAGAUCAAAAAAUAAAAGGACACAAUUUCUGCAGCAUGGAUGGUUUUCAGAAAUCUUUAAAUAGCCAAAUGAUGAAAAAAGACUACUGAAGUGAAUCCCAGUCAGACUGUUAGCAGAACAGCUAGUACUGAAGUGCCUGCUCUGGAGCCUCUGUGCUGUUUCUAGCUGCUUCACCCGGUAUAGACAGUAAGCAUUGUGGCCUAAAGACUGGACUCUAGAAAGCUGUGAAAUAAAAAGAGACGAUGCUAAACAGCAAGGCUGAACCUGCUUUCACUUGGAUACAUGUUUUCACACCAGUAAGCCAUAAAAUAACAUUAUUUGCUUUUUGCACCCUUCUAAUAAGAUUUCCUUUCUUCUGUUUGCUUAAACCCUCGACAUGUCGCAGAUUGUAUAUUAAAAGGGGUUUAAACACCCUAUGCUUACACAUUCUGAGUGCAAACCUGAAAGUUGUAAGAUUGCUUUUCCAGAUUCUUCCCUGUGGAGUUUUUAAAUGUAUAUUUCUUGUUAAAAUACUAAAAGUAUUUCUCAUACAAAGUUCUCUACGGGGUUGAAUAGUUCUGUGCUGCUUGACCUUAUGGUGAGUAACCAGUAGGUGUCAGUGUGCACCAAUCGUAAGCAGACAUGUUUAUACAUUCACAACUGCUCACAUGCAUUUAUUGCUGUGCACAUGUUAGUAAUGGCUUCACUUCCAGUCACUUUCAUCUGGCUAUUUUGUUAAGCAAUAAUACCUACUGCCCCAGCAUCCUACUAAUAUUUAGCUGGAUUCUGCCACUUAUCAUGUCUUUAUUUGUUACUUGCACAAAAGCAUGUUUUAUUGUUUAUAUUGUCACUUUACCUUCAUUGAGCUGUCAUCACCAUUGAACCACCAUUUUCUCUUCUGGGAUUAAUAUCCGAAUUCCUUCCAAAAGAAAUGGAUGUUUUGGGUUUUACUGGGGGGGCACUGCUUCACAGUCUUCAAUGGGCAAGAAAUGGUUCUAUUUAUUUGUUUUACUUUCUAUCUUUUGUAAAUAUUUGAAGAGUUUCAGCAGCUUAUUAUAAAAAGGGGUGUUUGAGUUGGGUUUAUAUUUUGUUCUGGAAGAAAAAUAAAACUUCUAAUGGCA